AUGGCGGAAAAGCCUACUAUAGAGCUCGACGCAGAUGCAGCGCAUACAAAGCGUUCCGAGCGUCAGUUGGGCGACACAGAGGUGUCAUACUUCCUGCCUUCCCGCCAAUCGGGUGUAAAUGAUAUGUACCUCCACCUCGGCUGUCGCGCUUCAGCAUCCAUCCUCCAGCGGGAACGUGUCUGUCUGAUAUGGGCAAUCCUUCGAUUGAGGCAUCCUUUGCUGGCAUCCCGGGUCGAGAUGCUUGAUUACGAAGAUAUCCGUUUUGUAUACGAAGCACCUCCCUCGCCUAAACAUGCUCUCGAGGAUGCGGACAAAAAUCUCGCUUAUCGAACUCAAUCGGCUGAAGUCCAGAAUACUUCGGACAUCGCAAAGAGUGCCGAUGCGACGCAGAAUUACGACUUCCUCAUCUGCGCUACACAUUUUUUGGGGGAUGGCAUGGCUUUACAUCGAUUUGCAAACGACUUUUUUGGCAUGCUUGGUGGUUUACUAAGCGAACAACAGCUUACGGUAAUAUUGGAAGAUGAAUGCAAGCGCUGUUACGAGACCUUGAAUGAAGCAGCUCUGCCGGAGUCCAUUGAAUCAAGACUGCCAUCUUCUCCCGGUGGAAAAUUUUACCAUGCAGCAUCCCUCGUUGACUUCCAGAUCGGUCAACACAAACUCACAGGGGGGCAUAGUUUCCCCCGUCGCAGUGCAAAAGAGCGCCGUACGAUCGUGCCUACAGUUUCGUUUGACCCGGCUCGCACAAAGUACAUCUUAAGCAAAUGCAAAUCUCGUGGCGUCUCCAUUUCGAGCGCUUUGUUCGCAGUGUGUAACGUUGCGUGGGCAAAAACUUACGGCCAGAACUGGCAAUUACCCAUGAUGAUGUAUUCGGCUCUCAAUAUGCGUCCAUUUUUACAAUCCAACAAAGCACUGAAUGACUCCUACUGGUAUAUCGCUAUCGGCUACUUCAACAUUGUGCUUCCGACCUUCCUACCUCGGUCUGGUGACGUAACUCCAACCUUCUGGCUUCGAGCUCGCUCAGCAAAAGAUCAAAGUACAAGAGCCGUUAAAAAUCCUAUGAUCAUCCCGCGGAGUCGCCGAAUGGCUGAAGAGCGAGGCUCACGUGCUCGUCAGUGGGCUAGGGAGGACGAUGGUGUAAAAGCCCUUCCACCCCGAAAUGUGGCACCCACCAUUAUCAGAGGUUUCGAUAAAUCUCCUUCCAGCGCUCUCAUGGGGUUAUCCCUCCUUGGAAACCUUGACGGCAUUUACAAGCAUCCAAACUUUCCGGAUAUCAAGUUACACACCCUCACUACAGGCUCUCGACAACGAUCAGGUGGGAUGCUCCUGUUCGGCUAUACGUUCGCCAGCAAGUUGUGGAUCAGUUUUGGAUAUGACGAAAAUGGAUUUGAAGAAUUCACAGUUCAGGAAUUUUGGAAAAAUGUGCUUCUCUCCGUUGACGAGUUUUUACUUGUUUGA